UUACAGAAGGGCAUCAUCAGAAUCUCAUCUCAUUCAAACCUUGUUCCAUCACAGGUUCUUCAUAAUCUUAAAAAAAGAGCUGCAAUUAACAUCAAUCCCCCAUCCCCGCACUCAUCAAGUUACGCAACAAUCGCUGUUCAAACCCCAGACCGCCAGCGUCUCUUCCCUUCAACUUCAACUUCAACAACACCAAAAAUCCAGCAUAUAUACAUCAAUCUCACAGCAACCAAACAACCUCAGCUCACCCCUACCCCCCCACCACAAAACAUUCAAGAUGGCCCCCGAUCUCCCCUCCAGCUACAACAACUUUACCCUGCCAACGCUCCAAUUCUCCCACCACCCAGCCUCCUCCGCCGCCGUCACGCCCGUCAUCAUCAUCAAGCUCCACCGCCCAGCCGCCCACAAUGGCUUCACCCAGGAAAUGGCCCGGUCCCUCAUCGCCGCCUUCGGCCUGCUAUCCUCGGACCCGCGCGUGCGCGCCGUCGUGCUGACCUCGUCGGACCCCAAGAACAAGAUGUUCUGCGCUGGCAUGGACUUCAACGCCGGCGGGGAGCAGAGCGCCAACGCAGACGUGCACCGCGACGAGGGCGGCCAGGUCAGCCUCGCCAUGUACAACUGCACCAAGCCGGUCGUGGUGGCGCUCAACGGGUCAGCCGUGGGCGUGGGCAUCACCAUGACGCUGGCGGCCAACAUUCGUGUUGCGAGCAAGGACGCAAAGGUCGGCUUCGUGUUUGGCCGUCGGGGAUUCUGCUUCGAGGCGUGCAGCAGCUUCUUCCUGCCGCGGCUGAUUGGGACCUCAAAGGCCCUGCAUCUGGCUACCACGGGGGGAGUCUACCCUGCCGGCCACAAAUUGUUUGACGGGCUGUUCAGCGAGGUUGUCGAGGCGGGCGAGGUGCUCCCCACGGCGCUGAGGAUCGCGGAUGAGAUUGCCGCCAAUGUCAGCUUGGUGUCGGCGGCGGUGAUGAAGAACCAGGUCUACCGCGCGCCGGCAUCUCCAGAGGAGGCCCAUCUUGUGGAAAGCAAGCUGUUCUACUCGCUCGUUCGGAGCGAUGAUGCACAGGAGGGGAUUCAGAGCUUUCUGCAGAAGAGGCAGCCUGAGUUUAAGGAUACGAUAGAUGAGAAUGCGCCUCCGGGAUACCCUUGGUGGGCACCGGUUGAUGUGAGGUCGAGGUCGAAGCUGUAAAAAAUGGGAGGAUAAUAUCGGCAAAUACCUAUGGGCUAAUAGUUGAUGAAAAUGUUGCUUGAGCAUGCGUGUUAUAAUGAAAUGCCAAGUCUUUGUAAUAAUAUACGAGAGUGCUGAUUAAAUUGGGUUCAUGUAAAGCGUUCUAUGGCGGUAAUCACAUGCCAUGUUCCAGCCAUUUAUCCUACAGCCUUUUCAAGCCGG